GAGAUCAUUUGGCGGUAUUACUGUUCCGAGGCUGCGUGUGUGUCCUGAAGCUUUAAGCAGCGGAAAAAUAACUAAACGUCAAGGCUGCAGGCGGAAGUUGUGAGCAAUCAUCUGAUACGGAGAGAGAGAGAGAUAUCAAGUGAUUCGGCUGCCACAUGCAACAUGGCUUCCUGGUGGGUUUGGCUAGCGAUUUGGAUGUACUUGUUGGCUCUGCUGCCCGGAGCGCAGGCUUUGGACGGAGGGGACGCGGUGGCACUGCUGCUGGGGUUGGCUCUCAGUGUGGUAGGAGUCUGUGCGUGUCUAGGCUGGUACUCUCGGAAGAGAAACGCGCAACUCUGAGAGCGGGGCAAGGAAGGAGGAAAGAAGCCAGAGUCUUUCCAAAGCAGCAACAAGCAAAGGGUACCCCCCCGGUCGCGAAAGCCUUAUUAUCCUCAGAGACACAACAAUCCUCCGGAGAGAGAGGGAGGUCACGCCGGAACAGACGGAGACACGUCUUCUUGGGUCUUACAGACUUUUUUUUGCACCAGCGCCGUGAGAAGUUGCCUGUUUGAUUGCUCCUGUUGGCGCGAUGCUGAGCCCCGUCGCACGCACACACACACACACACACACACCUUGUGUCUUCCCCAGGACCACCAGCUGCCCAUUGAGGAGCAUCCAACUCCAUCCUCUUCGGAACCACAGUGCGAGGGAAGGCUGCACUAACCAAGUUUUACAACCCUCGGGACGUUUCUGAAAAGCUUCAGUGAAAUUGUACUUUAAUUAUUUCCCCACCCAAAAAGAAACCACUCCGAUUUUUGGAGCGCCAAACCCAAAAUGAAACACGGAAGUUGAAGUUAAACGUGCUCGCUUUCUCCCGGUCCGCACUCUGAUGCAAACGUCGUCAUGUUUCUGAGCAAUUGUGACACUCUUUCCUCUCCCUCCGUUGUUGCACCAAAUCGUUAAAGUAACUUAUUUCAAGCAGUAGACGUUUUUUAGGUUUUGGUUUAAUUUUUUCCAUCCUUGUGUUCCUGAAUUCGGCUUCGCUUGAUUAUUGCCACCUAGCGUCGUUUCCCUUUGAAAGGGAUGUUCGUCAUAAAUGCAGUUCCUUGUUUGUGUUCUCUGAACAUUUACCCUCCAUCACUCUCUGGACUUCUCACCGGCUAAUGUAGAGAAGACAUUUGGUUCAUCCAGCAAACUAAUACAAUGAUUGGGAAAUGACCAGGCUGAGAGCUGAAGUUGAUCUAAUCAAACAGGCUGAGCACUAUUUGGGUCUGCUUAGAGAACUGCUAACAAUCAAGCGAUGGCCAACCCAUUCACUGUGAAGGCUGCUAACUUUGAAAUGUAAAAAUCUUCCUCUUGUCAUCGGAUUUUAUUUUUUAAAUGUGUCGUGCAGCAGGUAUUAGCAGUUAGUGGCCUUUGACAUUGUUAUAUCAUGGCAAUGUAGUUAAAUGACAAAUUUGAGUGGGUGGAGGUGAAACACCUUAAAUACCCUGGAUGUUUGUAGGUUUUGUAUGGUUUUUCUGCCUGUUUAUAUAGAUGAUACAAACAUUAGAGCAGUUCAAUGAAAUCACUUACGCUUGUUUAUUAGUAGCCCCAAAGCUUCCUUGAAAUGAUAUUUACUUUGCACUGUGAAUUGGACGUGUUUGUUUCAAGCUUUUAGGAUCAAUUAAACUUGUGAUAGGUAAGGACUGUCAAAUUUAUAAACUAGGCCUGCAAAGUUGUUUCAAAACUUUGAAAUCAAAGUCAAAUGUGAAAUUUACUUAGGCUGCACUUGCUGUUUUUUUUAGCUUCCAGCUUGAUCUUUUUUCUUCUUGGUGCUUCAGUGACUGUUAUUUCUGAACAUGCUGCAUCAUGAAAUUCAUAUAUCCUGUGGGUUAUUUGUAGUGCACAAUGCAUUGACAUUGUAUUCAUGAUAUGUACUAGAUUUUAUGAAUUAUGCACACAUCAAAAAUUGUGUUCAAGCAAUUGCAUUUUGUAUGUAUAUACAUCUUAAAAUGUUGUGCUGUGCUAAGUGUAUACCAAAAGAUACACCAGAUUUCCAAGUAUUAGCAAACUUAGUUUAAAUUUAAUCACUCAAAUUGUUGCACGUGCCAGUCGUUGAAUCUUCACUGAAGAUUCCAUCUUGUCAAAAAAAAAGGGUGUUUUAACUAGCCAUCUGCUGUGGUGAUGUUUUGAGUCAUGAUGGAACAGAAAUGCAAAACUAUACCUAUGUUUCAGUGUCAUCAUUCCUUUUGGUGUAUUGAGGUCUGUGUAACUUCUCCCCUCAAGCUGUACUCUGGGGAAGUAGUGGCAUAGUCACUCGACCAGUAAUCAAGAUACCCAGAUAAUGUUCUGGGGACCCGGAUUCAAAUCCAUGUCUGAUCCAUUGCAUUUGGUGAAAUCUGAAUUCAAUAAAAAUCUGGAACUACUCCAAUGAUGAACAUGAAA